CGCUCGUGACUUCUACCUAGUGUCUAGACAGCUAUGUUGUGGGUAAAUAUCUCUUCCUAAGGCAAGGGGUCUCCGGGAAACUUGUUUGGUUUGAUGAUUACGUCUUCCCUGCCUAGGUUCUGGUGUAAGAGAACUCAGUGAGUGCGAUCGACCCGAGGAAUCAGGGAGUCCCUGAGUUACGACAGAGCUCCAUUGCAGAGACUUCAUUGAUUUAGCAAGUGAGUCUCCCAAAUGCUUGUCUAUACAUACAGUGUGUCCAUAAGACAGGUUUCAUAAUCCGGGGAGAAACUGUAUGAGAGAGUAAACCCACCAUUGCUUACUCUUGAAGCUUCAUUGCAGGUACAGUAACAACAUGGAAAAGACAUUUGGACAGGUACAUAGAUAGGCAGGUUGAGAAGAACAUCGGCCAUGGCCUCCUCUUCUGCUACAAUGUGGCCACUCUUCAGUCCUCCCAAGGGUUACAAAGCAGUACUGGAACAAUGUAUUUGCAUUAUUUUACAAAAUUGGGUAAACCAUCAAAACCUACAUUGGAAUUUUUCUUAAGAAGGACAGCUACGUUAAAGAAGGAUCUGCCAACCUUAACGUUGUUUACCAAGGAUUCUUGCACACUUUGUGAAGAAGCCAAAGGAGUUUUGGAGCCAUACCGACACAGGUUUAUCCUCCAGGAGGUGGACAUCACCGAUCCACAGAAUUCCAUCUGGUUUGAGAGAUACAAAAAUGAUAUUCCAGUUUUCCACAUGAAUGGACAGUUUCUGAUGAUGCAUCGAGUUAACUUGAAGAUCCUAGAAAGAAAGCUGGCCAAACUAGAACAGGAAUGUAACCAAAUGUCUUAAAAGUCAGAAGUAUGAAUCACAGUGAGAAUUUUUUUUUGUUGGCUUGAACACGUUACUGAUUUGUAAAUGAUUUGAAAUAGUUUUCUAUAUUAGAUACUGCCAGUAAACUAAAUUAUUUGUGAAGAAUGUAAACCAUUUAAAAUAACAUUAAAAAGGCAAUGA